CCCAACGGACACCAUAUUUGAGUCCAAAUUCUAGCAUCGCCUCGCACAAUUCGACCGUUGCAGCCACUUUUGCCUAAACGGUCACAUUAUCGUUAACAAUUUUCAUAUACUUGUUUCUUCCUCCUCACACCUAGUUCUCACAUUCGCAUUGAACCUGCAGUUCCCACUUCAACUCAUUUUCCUUGUUCCGUGGCACAACACAAUAAUUUCAUGGAAAAGGAAAACAUGCUCAAAACGCCUCCAAAAGUUCCAAUCCAAGCACAAGUUCCCGAACCUGAAUGCAAAACACCAACUCCACUGCAACAAGACCAGAAGGAUCACAACUCAUCAAAUGAAUUGCGCAAGCCUGUUACCCCAGAUCGUCUUAGAGUCCCCAAGGCAUUCAAAUACCCAGAAAGAUAUACAAGCCCAACUGAUUCGAUGAUGUCACCAGUAACCAAAGGCCUUCUUGCCAGAACUAAAAGGGGUGGUGCAGUGUUACCACCUGGUAAAAUUCAACCACCAAAGAUUCUAGACAUGCCCUUGCAGGAUGUGGGUCCUUUCCAGAAAAUGCAGAUUGAUGAGAAGACCAACUCAACUUGAGGAAUUCAAAGAACUUUUGUUCAACAUGAUAAAUCAUGUGACAGUGGUUCAUGGGGACAGUUUAAAGAUGAUGUAAUUUAAUAUCAAAGAGAAAGAGAUAGAUCUUUGUUCCCAUCUUAUAGAACUGUCUGUUCUAAUGAUUGUAAGGUCUUUGAAGUUUAUGAUGCUCAAUUUUCUUAAAUAGCCUUUUGUAACAAUGAUUGUCCCUGUUAAUUAAAAAGUUUUAUAUUUUCAGAUUCCA